GAUGGCGGCGUCGCGUCGCUCUCAGCAUCAUCACCACCAUCAUCAACAACAGCUCCAGCCCGCCCCAGGGGCUUCGGCGCCGCCGCCGCCACCUCCACCCCCACUCAGCCCUGGCCUGGCCCCGGGGACCACACCAGCCUCCCCAACGGCGGGUGGCCUGGCCCCCUUCGCCUCCCCGCGGCACGGCCUAGCGCUGCCGGAGGGGGAUGGCAGUCGGGAUCCGCCCGACAGGCCUCGAUCCCCGGAGCCGGUUGACAGUACCAGCUGUUGCAGUACCACCAGCACAAUCUGUACGGCCGCCGCCGCACCCGUGGCCCCGGCGGUUUCCGCUUCAUCUGCCGUCGGGGUCGCUCCCAACCCAGCCGGCGGUGGCAGUAACAAUUCACCGUCGUCCUCUUCUUCCCCGACUUCUUCCUCAUCUUCCUCUCCAUCCUCCCCUGGAUCGAGCUUGGCGGAGAGCCCCGAGGCGGCAGGAGUUAGCACCACAGCAACAUUGGGGCCUGGGGCAGCGGGACCUGGGCCAGGGGUCCCAGCAGUAAGCGGGGCCUUACGGGAACUGUUGGAGGCCUGUCGCAAUGGGGACGUGUCCCGGGUAAAGAGGCUGGUGGACGCGGCAAACGUGAAUGCUAAGGACAUGGCCGGCCGGAAGUCUUCUCCCCUGCACUUCGCUGCAGGUUUUGGAAGGAAGGAUGUCGUAGAACACUUACUACAGAUGGGUGCUAAUGUCCAUGCUCGUGAUGAUGGAGGUCUCAUCCCACUUCAUAAUGCCUGUUCUUUUGGCCAUGCUGAGGUUGUGAGUCUGUUACUAUGUCAAGGAGCCGAUCCAAAUGCCAGGGAUAAUUGGAACUACACCCCUCUGCACGAAGCUGCUAUUAAAGGGAAAAUCGACGUAUGUAUCGUGCUGCUGCAGCACGGAGCCGAUCCAAACAUUCGGAACACUGAUGGGAAAUCAGCCCUGGACCUGGCCGACUCUUCAGCGAAAGCUGUCCUCACAGGUGAAUACAAGAAAGACGAACUCCUAGAAGCUGCUAGGAGUGGUAAUGAAGAAAAACUAAUGGCUUUACUGACUCCUCUAAAUGUGAAUUGCCAUGCAAGUGAUGGGCGAAAGUCUACACCUCUACAUCUGGCCGCAGGCUACAACAGAGUGCGGAUAGUACAGCUUCUUCUCCAGCAUGGUGCUGAUGUUCAUGCAAAAGACAAAGGCGGACUUGUGCCUCUUCAUAAUGCGUGUUCAUAUGGACAUUAUGAGGUCACAGAACUGCUACUUAAGCAUGGAGCUUGUGUCAACGCUAUGGAUCUCUGGCAGUUCACUCCACUCCAUGAGGCUGCUUCCAAGAAUCGUGUGGAAGUCUGCUCUCUGUUACUUAGCCAUGGUGCUGAUCCUACACUAGUCAAUUGCCAUGGCAAAAGUGCUGUAGAUAUGGCUCCAACUCCUGAGCUCCGGGAGAGAUUGACUUAUGAAUUUAAAGGUCAUUCUCUACUGCAAGCAGCCAGAGAAGCAGACCUAGCCAAAGUUAAAAAAACACUUGCUUUGGAAAUCAUUAAUUUCAAACAACCACAGUCUCAUGAAACUGCCCUGCACUGUGCUGUGGCCUCCCUGCAUCCCAAACGAAAACAAGUGACAGAACUAUUACUUAGAAAAGGAGCAAAUGUUAAUGAAAAAAAUAAAGAUUUCAUGACUCCCUUGCAUGUUGCAGCAGAAAGAGCUCACAAUGAUGUCAUGGAAGUUCUACAUAAGCAUGGAGCAAAGAUGAACGCACUGGACACUCUUGGUCAGACUGCUUUGCAUAGAGCUGCCCUAGCAGGCCACCUGCAGACCUGCCGCCUCCUGCUGAGUUACGGCUCCGAUCCCUCCAUCAUCUCCUUACAAGGCUUUACGGCAGCGCAGAUGGGGAACGAAGCCGUGCAGCAGAUUCUGAGCGAAAGUACACCUAUACGCACUUCUGAUGUUGACUAUCGACUCUUAGAGGCAUCUAAAGCUGGAGACUUGGAAACUGUGAAGCAACUUUGCAGCCCUCAAAAUGUGAAUUGCAGAGAUUUGGAGGGUCGGCAUUCUACACCUCUACACUUUGCAGCAGGCUACAAUCGUGUGUCUGUUGUGGAGUACCUCCUACACCACGGGGCCGAUGUCCACGCCAAAGACAAAGGUGGCUUGGUGCCCCUUCAUAAUGCCUGUUCAUAUGGACACUAUGAGGUAGCGGAACUUUUAGUAAGGCAUGGGGCUUCUGUCAAUGUGGCGGACUUAUGGAAGUUUACCCCUCUGCAUGAAGCAGCAGCUAAAGGAAAAUAUGAAAUCUGCAAGCUCCUUUUAAAACAUGGAGCAGACCCAACCAAAAAGAACAGAGAUGGAAACACACCAUUAGAUUUGGUAAAAGAGGGAGACACGGACAUCCAGGACCUGCUGAGGGGAGACGCCGCCUUACUGGAUGCUGCCAAGAAAGGCUGCCUGGCGAGAGUGCAGAAGCUCUGCACCCCAGAGAAUAUCAACUGCAGGGACACCCAGGGCAGAAACUCCACCCCUCUGCACCUGGCGGCAGGCUACAAUAACCUGGAGGUAGCUGAAUAUCUUCUGGAGCACGGAGCAGAUGUUAAUGCCCAAGACAAAGGUGGUUUAAUUCCUCUUCAUAACGCAGCAUCCUAUGGGCAUGUGGACAUAGCGGCAUUGCUGAUAAAAUACAACACGUGUGUAAAUGCAACAGACAAGUGGGCGUUUACUCCUCUUCAUGAAGCAGCCCAGAAAGGAAGGACACAGUUAUGUGCCCUACUCCUAGCACAUGGUGCAGAUCCAACUAUGAAGAACCAGGAAGGCCAGACACCUUUAGAUCUGGCGACGGCUGACGACAUCAGAGCUUUGCUGAUAGAUGCCAUGCCCCCGGAGGCCUUACCUACCUGUUUUAAACCUCAGGCCACCGUAGUGAGUGCCUCUCUGAUCUCACCAGCAUCCACCCCCUCCUGCCUGUCUGCUGCCAGCAGCAUCGAUAACCUCACUGGCCCUUUAGCAGAACUGGCCGUAGGAGGAGCGGCCAACACAGGGGAUGGAGCAGCGGGCGCAGAAAGGAAGGAGGGAGAAGUUGCGGGUCUUGACAUGAAUAUCAGCCAAUUCCUGAAAAGCCUUGGUCUUGAACACCUUCGAGACAUCUUUGAAACAGAACAGAUUACACUAGAUGUACUGGCUGAUAUGGGUCAUGAGGAGUUGAAAGAAAUAGGCAUCAAUGCAUAUGGACACCGCCAUAAAUUAAUCAAAGGAGUAGAAAGACUCUUAGGUGGACAACAAGGCACCAACCCUUAUCUGACUUUUCACUGUGUUAAUCAGGGAACUAUUUUGCUGGAUCUUGCUCCAGAGGAUAAGGAAUAUCAGUCAGUAGAAGAAGAGAUGCAAAGUACGAUUCGAGAACACAGAGAUGGUGGUAAUGCUGGUGGCAUCUUCAACAGAUACAAUGUCAUUCGAAUUCAAAAAGUUGUCAACAAGAAGUUGAGGGAACGAUUCUGUCACAGACAAAAGGAAGUGUCUGAGGAGAAUCACAACCAUCACAAUGAGCGCAUGCUAUUUCACGGUUCUCCUUUCAUUAAUGCCAUUAUUCAUAAAGGGUUUGAUGAGCGACAUGCAUACAUAGGAGGAAUGUUUGGUGCCGGGAUUUAUUUUGCUGAAAACUCCUCCAAAAGCAACCAGUAUGUUUAUGGAAUUGGCGGAGGAACAGGCUGUCCCACGCACAAAGAUCGCUCGUGUUAUAUAUGUCACAGACAAAUGCUUUUCUGUAGAGUGACCCUUGGCAAAUCCUUUCUGCAAUUCAGCACCAUGAAAAUGGCUCAUGCCCCUCCAGGACAUCACUCAGUGAUCGGGAGACCAAGUGUGAACGGGCUGGCAUAUGCUGAAUAUGUCAUCUACAGAGGUGAACAGGCCUACCCAGAGUAUCUCAUCACAUACCAGAUCAUGAAGCCGGAAGCUCCUUCGCAAACCGCCACAGCCGCGGAGCAGAAGACCUAGUGAAGGCCCCCAGGGAAAAGCCAGAUCGGAUUUAAACUUGGGACUGGAUUACAGUGGAUUGUUUCCAACAAAAUCAAUAUUCCGUAAAUCCCUGACAGCCUAGAAAUAAGCUGUUUGUCUUUUAUAAAGCAUUGCUAUAGUGAUGAAUAUAGUAUGAGUAACUGAUAAAUACUCAACUGCUACUGUUCCCUUUGAGGAAAUGUUUACAGGGGCGGCCUUUUAACAUAUCUCAGGCUCAUUUGCAUUGCAAUUGUCCAUUUCUAAAACAAGAUUGCUUUGAUCUGGGCUUGGAAAUGGAAAAACAAAACAUACUUUCCCAAAUUUCACAAUUUACACACUACAUUUGCUUUGUUAUAUAUGGCACGUGUAUGCAACAAAUACCUAUGUCAGGCUCAUUUUAAAUGUUUUAUAAACAUGCAUCAUUCUUUUUUUUUUUUUCUUUUCCUUUUUUUUUUUUCUUUUUUUUUGGGUUUUUUUUUUUUUUGGUAUGUGUUUUUGUUUACUUUGAAAAUGAGCCAGAGCCUUCUCGAGGAUAUUUUGCACAAAGUCACACUGACUAAAAUCAUUAGCAAUGCAACAUGAGCUUCUGGCUGAGCAAGACUUAGUUUCCCCCUUUUUUUUCACUCUGAUCUAUUUUGUAUCUGUACUUCGUAUCAUUGUAAAUCGGGUGGGGAAGGAAAAACAUCAGGUUUAAUUUCCUUUUAUGACUUGGCCAGUCUUACAAGGGAAAGGCACACAGGUCAGACUGACUUAGGAGCUCGCUAGCUCAGAAAAGUGGAAGCUGCUCUGGGCCCCUGCUCUUCCCGUUCCAGCCUUCGAGGUGUUGGGAGGGCGCCUGGUGCGGAGACCUCCGAAGAGCGCAGCCGGGGAAGGGGGGUGGGGGGUGAUGUGUCUCGGAGCUCAGGAAACACCGCGGGACGGUGUGGGGGACCCCACUGACGCGUGGGAGGAGCACGUGGUUGCAGGAUACCGUCGUAGGAAAGGCUCGCAGGGCCUCCUCCAAGAAAAAGUACUUCUCUUCGCCUAAUCCGGACCGCCGGAAGAGUCACCCCCGAAAUUAGCUGCCUUAUUUCCAAAUUGAGUGGAAUUAUUGUACUCUAUUAGAGUCACAAAAAUCUUCAUGGUUUCUCCAGUUCAAAAAGCUAAAGUUCACAUCGUCUUUAGUAGAUAGAUGUGCAGGGACUUUUGUGUUUACUCCAGAUUGGGGCUUAUUUUGAGUGAGGUGCUUCAGAUAGUUUAUAGAGGUCCCUGCACUACGUUUCCGAACCAUUUCUUCAAACUUCUUAACAGACAAGGAGAACAAAAACUGAAACCAAAGCUCUUUUCGGUUAUUUUUAUAAAUGAAGGUGGAGAAAUACUAUACUGUUUCUGCAGGAAGUUACCACUUUGUUUUGCAUGUUUUAAUCAAUAUUUGCCCGGUGCACAUCAAUGCUCGUAAAAGAUUACCCAUUCUAGUUUUUACACUCGCCCUUUUCACCCGAACUGAAUAUCGAAUUGACUGCGUUAACUCACUUACUUUGACACGCUGUGCAUCUUCUCAGCUUUGAAGCAAAAGUAACAUAAAUGUGGUUAGGAAAAAAAAGAAAAGGAGAAACAGUGUGACAACAAACUUGCCGUUUCAACUUCAAUUUCUGAAAACCGGUUUAUUUUUUAAUGCAGGCUGAUUAAGCUGUGACCUCAUUUACUUCCUAAAGGAAAAUAAAAUGGUUACAUGCAAAAAUUCUAGAAUAGGCUCUUAAAGUAUACACUUAGCUUUCUUUUUGGCUUGAGUCCAGUGCUAGAACUAGGCAUCGGGAACUAGUUUGAGUUUUAUAGCAGAAUCUUGCAUGGGUCCUCAAAAUGAAAUCAAGAAUUAGCCUCAGUUGUUGCUUCUAUUGAAGUUUUAGUGACCCAAGCUGGGUGUUCGUGUCUUGGCUACCUGUGUAAAGCACUAGAAUUCCAUACGAAGCUUCAGAGUUUAAUAUUUGUUAAGAAGGCCUUUUUCCUCCUUUCUUUUCUUUUUUGCCGUGUGUAACAAUGGGUUGAAGGAAUGGCAUCUGUAUUGUUUUCAGUAGCUGUGAAAGUGUAUAAUACUUGCCUCCCCACUUAGAAAUAGUUUAAAAUGGUAAACACAGCUGUGAUCUUUAGUUCAGUAAAAGGGUGAAUAUGGUAUAGAUCUCAAAAGCUUUAUAGCUUUAUUAAAAAGAUAAGCCACUGCUCAACCGUGGUUAUAUGUUGUUUCCAUCAUACUAACUAGAUUAAUGGAUGUGUUAAACUUCAGCCUUACACUUGAGAAGUCCACCUGUGGCUCAGUAUCUAACCCGUCGAUGUUCCGUAUCUGAUGUUCCGUGUGCCGAGUAAAGGUACUUGUGUAAGGAAGACAUUUGCAGUGCUUCUUGUCUUGUAAUGAUCCAAGUGCAUAGUAGUUGUCGAAAGAAUGUGUAUGUAUUAUUCAUCUGCCAAGAGAAUGGGUUCGUUGAUAUUUCACAGGAGCCAAAUACAUCUUUUCAAAACUUGAAAACCAAAGGUCAUCAUGAGUGCCCACAAGCUAGUACCAGUUGGUUACGUUUGGGACUUCCAUCCAUAGCAGUGUGAAAACCCCUUUGGAAUAUAAAAGCAUGGCAUUAACUUAGGCCGAAAUCCAUUUGCUUUUUUGUAUACGCACUUCUGUAGGAGCGCUAGCAAGUUGAGGACUUCAGUGUGGCCUCCCCUGAAAUGGCCCUUCUGUUUUCCCAAACCAAAUGGAAGAGAGAAUCUGCACACCUCCACCAGCCUGACUGCAGUUCUAAAGUCAAAUCUUCUAGACCUGAUGCUUCCAGUUUACUGGGUAUUGCCGGCUGGGUUCUUAACUCGUAAGUUAAGUGCUCUGGACACUCUCUCCUUGCACUUGGCCUUCUUCCCUUUUCCUCAGGUUGCUAGUCUGGAAUUGAGUAGCUCCAAUAGUUACCUGUGACCCCACUCAUCUUCCUCCCUUCUUCAUCUUGAGUCUUGCAGAAGGAGACUGUGCUUCUGUUUGCAUACCAUGACCAGAUCCGGUAUGCGGCCUCCUGUGCUCUGCUCCAAAGAUCCUGCCAAUCGGUUAACAAAUGACAGCAUGGAAACCAGAGUUUUACUUCUAUGCAAAAUAAUAGCAGUACAACCAGGAUUCUUACUUACCCUUUCCUUCUUGGAAUUCGGGAUUUCUAGCUUUUCAGUAACAUAAAUAGAAUAAGUAAUAUCAGGAUGUUUUCAUGACAGCAUCCUUGUGCUCCUGGAGCUUGACAUCAGCGGCUAGAUUAAUUUCCCUUUGCUCUCAAAAUAGCAAAGUGCAUUGAUGUAGAGAGAGAAAUGCCUGAACGUGGCAAAUAAAGUAAUAUAGAUUAGUAUUCUAUUAUUGUAGCCUUUAUACAAAAAAUAGCGCUUCAGUGUGCUCUGGAAGGGCAGCAGUAGAAUGCACGAAGUUGCCUGGGUUCUUCUUUAUUUCAGUCCACCUGCCAAGUGCACGGGGUUAUUGGCCACUGCUCACCCCCCCCCCCCUUCUCAACGUGCGUGCUCUGGAAUCCUGUAAAGAGCCUUGAGAAAAGAAGUGGGUGUGUCCUCGGGCACCUUGCCUCCAGUGUGGCCAGAGCCCGCUUGUAUCAGGAUGUGGGAUAAGCGGCCUUCUUGCUGUGUUUUUCGUUGGGCAGUUGUCUCCUACAGAGCUAUGGACUCCGGUCAUGCGGGGAACACUCCAAGCCGACCUUAAGAUAGGGUUUCAUGUGUCAGAAAUUCAUUUAAAGACUAAACUCAAACUUGUUCACUGUCAGUCAGUGACGGAAAAAGGAAAAGAACGUAAUUGUGAAGAUAAUAUUUGAGCUUUGGUUGGACACAUCUCGCACCUGAACAGGAAAUGCUUUUUUUGAAAAACCGCCCUGGAAAGUGAGGCGUCUUCAGAUACCUUGUGCAUUCUGAAAUUAAUAGACAAUUAAAUGUUUCUUCUUAAGAAAAAGCCUUAACUGUGGCAGAAACUUUUUAACCUUUUAUAGCCUAAUAAAGAAGUUAGAAUUCCAUUUCUCAGUGUUUGAAAGGUGUCAGUCGGGCAUGUCUCGUGUAUGUCACACCCAUAAAGCUGAUUUGAUGAGGGUACGUAUUUCACAACCGAUGCUCCCUUACAUGCCACGGACUGGAUCUAAUCAAUCCCCCCUGAUUUCUCGAUGCCUGAAAUUCUUCGGCGACCAGAUAUUCUGGUUUAAAGAAGUGCUAGCAGGAUUUCAAAACUUAGCAUUUGGGGGCGGGGGGUGGGGGGCAGGGGGCGGCGGAGGGGGACACAGCAGCAUCUCACGAAGUGAUACCACGUGGAGCCUGAGCGUUCCCCAAGCUGUUUUCUCAUCAUUUUAAAUUAUAAGCCACGGUUAUGAGUGAAGGGCAGUAGGAAGCUCCAGCUUUUAUACCCCAUGAGACCAAAGCCGCUCGCCGUGCGACCCAUUUUCUACAUCCGCCAGAGGUCCCGCCUCCUUUGAAAUAACAGUCACGCCGCAGGGGUGUCGCAUUUGGGCUCCUCCUUCGUUCCUGUUUUCUUUCCCGCGUUACAUUGUCACACUCACCCAGACUUCUCAUGCGCCACAAUUCAGAUUGUUUUGCUACUUUUUCAUCUGUUUGUGCAUUUCCUCAGGCAGCCCUGAAAGCCCUUUGUUGAUUGAGAGUGUUUGCAGAGAAACACAGGAAAACUCUGGUAGUGGGGUGUCUCUCACGCUCCCAUGCCCCUCCCAAGCUUCAGGAUGAGGAGCGAGAACACGCAGCAGUACAAGCGGAACCAAACUCUUUGAGGCUAAUAGCCUAGACCUAGAGGAUGACCUUGACCCUGUAACCAUUGUAGUGAUUACACAAAAUAUUUAAGCUCUUCAUGUGCAUACAAUACCUGCUUCUGCUUCCAUUGUUUCAACAUCACCGGUCUUAGUGGUAGUGGUAUUUGUCUUUGAUAGCUACAAACUAUAAAGGUACUUUUAUCAACAAGGUUUCUCAACAUUUACAAAACCAGCUUUGAGGAAAUCUAAGAGUGUUUCCUGGCAACAGCAUUUGGAGUAGUGAUCAUAUGUUCCCAUUGUGAUGUUGGUCUGUGUGAGUAACCAUUGUAGUGACGCCUUGGUUCGUUAUUGGUGUUGUUUUUAUUUUUAGUCUCUCUGUGACCCACCAGUGGCAGGGGGUUCCAGUCCCCUCGCUUUGCUUUUUUGCGUUUGUCCGUUUGCAGGAUUGCCAGAUGAAAUACGAGGCACCCAGUUACAUUUGAAUUUGAGGUAAAUAAUUUUUUAGCUUAAAUAUGUUUCAUGCACUAUUUGGCACAUAUAUACAGUAAAAAAGAAAAAGGUUUCUCAUUAUCUGAAAUUCAAACUUAACUGAGCAUCCUGGCUUUUUGCUUUGUUUUAUUUUGUUUUACUAAAUCUGGCAACCCUAUCGAUUUGCUCAUGGGAAAUCGCUUACAGCAUGUAAAUUCUUCUAGUCUUUACUGUCUUUCCCGUGAAACAGAAGACCUUUUUUCCUCGCCCUCUACUUUCCAAACGAGGGCAUCAAGGAACGUCACCUGCCUGCAUGGUGGGUUUCUAUUUAAGACAUCUUUAUGAUUAUAUUUAACCUGUAAUUGUGCUUUGGCUAAAUGUCUAACAGUACUUGUAACUGUUUAAUAUUCAAUAAAAACAUUUUUAAAAUAUACUGUGUAUGGA